AUGGCAUCCCGAAAUGAUGCACCUGUUAAGAAAAUAUUUAAUGUUUCUGAUUUGGUUAAGGAAACAAAGUAUAUCACUAUUGAAGUCCGGAUAAUACGGGUUUAUGAGAAGCCAAACUUUAUGAACAAUCUCGAAGCUGGUAGAAUUGAAAUGAUUUUGUUGGAUGUACAUGGUACAAAAAUACAUGCCAAUUUUCAAAGGAACCUAAUUGUUGCUUUUUGGCCUAAGAUUGAGGAAGGAGGAUUUAGACAAAUUUCAAAUUUUCCGUCACAUGAUAAUGGUGGAUACGAGCUAACUACGCAACAUAAGUUCACCAUAUCAAUGAAUUAUGGAUUGUCUAUAGUGGAUUGCAAUCCUUUGGAUAUCCCACUAUAUGGUUUUGAAUUUGUUCCAUUUGGUGAUAUUUUGGCCAAAAAAGAUUCUGAUGUUUAUCUCAUUGAUAUAAUUGGGCAAUUGACUGCGUAUGGUGAACUAACCAAGACCGCUAAAUCGAAAUGCAUGACUAUUGAGCUGGUCGAAACAAAGAACGACAACAUAACAUGUGUUUUAUGGGGCACAUAUGCUGAUAAGAUGAUAAAUUACAUAAAUGCUGAGGGAGCUAAUGGUGCAAUUAUAGUCAUCCUACAGUUUGCAAAACGAAUAAUGUAUAAAGGUGGGCAAAGGGUUAUAUUUAAAGCGCAGGAGUUGGCAUUUCAGUAUUGGAUUGAGGCUGAUCUGUUUUGA